AUGAACGUCUUGGAUUCUCCUCUUGAAGCUUUGGCUAUUAAUUAUGUGAGCUUUGGGAUCUUCACCGUCGUCAAUAAUCUAUGGACAUGGGUGGCACUUAUAACGGCGGUUGUCAGCUUCUGGAAAAUCAGAAACGCCGGUGUCGCUGGAGCCUCCACAUUCUCCUUGAAAUCGGAGCAACUUUCUUCAGCUAAUUGCAUUGACGUCCGGAACGUAAAUGAGCCUAAACCGGUUGUCGAAACAUCCGUACCCGAGUCAGCUAUUCAGCCACCGCCGUCACCACCACCAUCAUCUGCAAGCCCAGCUACAUUUUCAUCUGUUUUUGAAGAUGACGGAGUUACGAGAGGGAAGUUUGUAAAGUAUUACGUAGAUGAAAGAGAGAGUGAUGAUAACGGAGACGAUGAGUUAACGGUGGUUGGAGAGUGGGGAUAUGGAAACAGAGGUUGUGGAGAGUGGUCGGAGAGCUGGGAGAGAGUGUUAAGGAUGAGAACGGGGGACAUGGGAUGGUACAUGUACCAGGAUUUGACGGCCAUUAACGGCAACGUCGUUAGGUUAUGGGAUGGGAUUAGGAGGAGGAGAAGUCAGGCUGUGGUGUAUGGUAACUGGUAG